GUUGACACUCUAGAGCGGGGAUGCUUCUGAAUGACACUACAAUAACCAUGAGCCUUUGCUGAGAAGGCGGGACGGGGGUUGUGAGACAUGCCGCCGGGAUUGUAUGGCGAGUGAGUUGUGACUUCUGAGGAGGAGAAGCAUUUUCUGACCACCUGUCCUGGUGUAAACACAUCUGCCAUUACCCCCACGCCAUCAUGUCGUCAGAGAACACCUUGGAUGAUGAGGAUACCUUCAAGAUCCUUAUCGCUACAGACGUUCAUCUCGGCUACCUCGAGAAGGAUGCAAUCCGUGGCAAUGACUCGUACAACACACUGGACGAGAUCCUUAAAUAUGCCAAGACACAUCAGGUAGAUUUUAUCCUGCUGGGGGGAGAUUUGUUCCAUGAGAACAAGCCGUCGCGGCGAUGCCUCCACAGCUGCAUCUCUAUGAUCAGACGAUACUGCAUGGGAGACUCACCGAUACACUUCAACAUCCUCAGUGACCAGACUGUCAACUUCAACACAACCCAGUUCCCCUGGGUAAACUAUCAGGAUGAAAACCUGAACGUCUCUAUUCCUGUGUUCAGCAUCCAUGGUAACCAUGAUGACCCAACUGGGGCUGAAGGCUUGUGUGCACUGGAUCUGCUCGGGGCUUCUGGUCUCAUAAAUCACUUCGGUCACUCCCAGUCAGUGGAGAGGAUUGAGAUUAGUCCCAUCCUCAUGCAGAAAGGCAACACCAAGCUGGCCUUGUAUGGUCUUGGUUCUAUUCCAGAUGAGCGCUUGUACAGGAUGUUUGUCAACAAUCAGGUGACCAUGCUUCGCCCCAAAGAAGACCAGGAUGAGUGGUUUAACCUCUUCACCAUCCACCAGAACAGGAGUAAGCAUGGACCCACAAACUACAUUCCCGAGCAGUUCCUGGAUGACUUUCUAGACCUGGUGGUGUGGGGUCACGAGCACGAAUGCUUGAUAGGACCAACGAGAAAUGAACAGCAGCUCUUCUAUGUGACACAGCCCGGCAGCUCUGUAGCAACCUCCCUGUCCCCUGGAGAGGCUGCCAAGAAACACAUAGGGCUGCUGAAGGUUAAGGGACGGAAGAUGAAUCUGCAAAAGCUCCCCUUAAAGACGGUGCGUCAGUUCUUCAUCCAGGAUGUGGUGCUGGCUGACUACGAAGACCUCUUCACACCUGAUACGCCCCAGGUCACAAAGAAGGUGGAGGAUUUGUGCUAUGCAAAGGUCACAGAGAUGAUAGAAGAAGCUGAGAGAGAAAGACUUGGUUGUCCACUCACGCCAGAGAAACCUCUCAUUCGCCUGAGGGUCGACUACAGUGGAGGUUUUGAGACGUUCAACACAUCUCGCUUCAGUCAGAAGUUUGUGGACCGCGUGGCCAACCCAAAAGACAUCAUUCACUUUCUCAGACACCGUGAACAAAAGGAGAAUAUCAAAGAUGAGUUCAAUGUUGAUUACAGCAAGCUGGUAAAAAACACAGCAGUGGAGGGACUGAGAGUUGAGGACCUGGUGAAACAAUACUUUGAGGCAGCCGAGCAGACGGUCCAGCUGUCUCUGCUGACCGAGCAGGGCAUGGGGAAGGCCAUCCAGGAGUUUGUAGACAAAGAUGAAAAGGAUGCAAUCCAGGAACUGAUCAAAUAUCAGCUGGAGAAGACACAACGCCACCUCCAGGCCAGAGGAGUAACUACAAAAGAAGAUAUCGACACAGAGAUCCAACGAUUCAGAGACUCCAAAAAGAACACGACAGAGGAGGAGAAUGAAAUCAAAGAGGCUAUCAACAGAGCCAAAACUCACAGAUUGGAAAACAGUAAUGACCCGGACAUAUCCAGCGAAUUUGCAGAUGUUACUAUGGACUCUGACGAGGACUCGGUCCCAUUUGCUGCCCCCACGCGAGGCCGAGGGCGAGGAGCUAGGGGACGGGGUGGCCGGGGCAGGGGGAGAGGUGCAACUGCCUCCGAACCAAAGCCAGCCAGCCGGGGCCGAGCCCAGAAAUCCUCAGCAGCAACCCAAAGCAGAAGCAUUAUGCAAGCAUUUCAAGCUCCAUCCCAAAGAUCUUCUCGGACUGGAGCCACCAAAUCUUAUAAAGAAGAAGAGUUGACCAUUGUUGACUCCGAUGAAGAUAUCCCUGUAAUGAAAGCUACCCGAGCCCCUCCAAGACCAGCGUCCUCGUCCUUCACUAAGAGCAGCUCUCAGAGCCAGUCGUCUAAAGGAGUUGCAUUUGAUGACAGUGAUGAUGAUGAUGAGGAUAACCCAUUCAAAGGCCGCAGCCACCAACCACGGAGAUAACCACGAGUGCUUCUAUUCUAAAAUGCUUUUUAGUAUUGCUGAUUUUCAAAAAAAUAAAAAAAUGCUUUUGAGUAGGAAGUGAGUUGAUGCAGUUUGGGCUUGAAGGACCUUAAAGUGCAUGUUUCAAUUUUCUCUCAAACCUUCCCCGUGUUGUCAAAAGAUAAUUUUGUUGGUAAGUAACUGUUGCUUAAGGUUUUGCGAUCUCUGGUCUGCACUUUUCACCCCAUUUGCCAGCCAGACAUUGAGCUUCCUAAUGAAGUGCAUCUGCUACUGUUCAUAUCUGAGCAGUGCUGGGUUUUGUCAUUGGCAUUUGUAGUACUCUGAUAUUCAGGACUAAUAAAUCAUUUUUUUCAUAUA